UCUGAGAGAUUUCCAAUGUGUUUUUUCAGUCUUUGGGGCUUUUAAAAAAGAGCCACUAGUCUCAAUGCUGGCCGGGCUAUGACAGCUUCAGUGCUCCUCCAUCCACGCUGGGCCGAGCCGGUGAUGUUCCUCUACGACAACGGCUUGGAUGAGAUCAAUAAGAACAUGGAAGGCUUUGCCGGGAGCAACUUCGCUGCCAACCAGUGCAGGAAUCUGAUGGGACACCCGGCUCCUCUGGCCCCCAGCAGUGCCUACCCGUCCAGUGAUGUGCCAGUGUCGGGCAUCGCGGAGCCUGUCAAGCAAUGCAGCCCGUGUUCCGCGGUGCAGAGCUCCUCCAGUGCCAGUCUGCCCUACGGCUACUUUGGCAGCGGAUAUUACCCGUGCAGGAUGACACACCACAAUGCCAUCAAGUCCUGCAACCAACCCUCCACCUUUGCAGACAAAUACAUGGACACCUCAGUCUCUGGCGGAGAAGAUUUCCCCUCCAGAGCCAAGGAGUUUGCUUUUUACCAGGGAUAUGCCACAGGACCUUACCAGCCGGUGCCCGGCUAUCUGGAUGUGCCUGUGGUGUCCACUAUUGGGGCGCCAGGGGAGCCUAGGCAUGAACCCCUACUGCCCAUGGAGAGCUACCAGCCCUGGGCCAUCACAAAUGGAUGGAAUGGGCAGGUCUACUGUGCCAAGGAUCAAGGCCAGCCUGCCCACCUCUGGAAAUCCACUUUACCGGACGUAGUUUCCCAUCCUUCAGACGCUAAUAACUACAGACGAGGCAGGAAGAAGCGUGUCCCAUAUACUAAAGUCCAACUGAAAGAACUAGAAAGGGAAUAUGCUACCAAUAAAUUCAUCACUAAGGACAAAAGAAGGAGAAUAUCUGCAACCACCAACCUGUCGGAAAGGCAGGUCACUAUCUGGUUCCAGAACAGAAGAGUCAAAGAGAAGAAAGUCAUCAAUAAAUUGAAGACCACCAGUUAAUAAUGGUCGGAUUACAUUUGGGAAGUGAGCAGGUUCUGACGUUUGGAACUCAUCUAUUCUGCCCCCCAAAUCACCAGGUCAUCUCCAGGUCCUCUGAAUAUGGUUCUAAAAAACGAUUGAUUGGGGGGAGGGUCAGGGAGAAAUAUUGCAAUGUAAUUAUUUUGUCAAGGCCAGGACUCACAUCUUGAUGGAGGUUAAACAGCGCUAAAGCGACUUGUGGAAUUGUUGUAAACACCCCCAAAAAAAAGGAAAAAAAAAAGAAAGAAAAAUGGAUCUCGAUGAAGCAUAAUAUGAAUUUUGAUUGCAAAGAAAGACAUGUAGCCUUUUAAUCAAGAAUCCUUUUAAAUCGAGAAUAUCAGUCUUAUAAUUGCGCGUUGAACCUUGAAACAAGACUGCAUGUUGAGUGACUGCUCAGGUAACUUAUAGAUGUAUCUUUUACUGUAUGCUUACACUAUACAUUCUGAUAUAAGAGGAGUGUCAUAUGUCAUUGAAGAAUUGUACAGAUUUUUUUUUUUGGGGGGGGGGGGGGGCAGUGGAUAUACAUUCAUGAUUUUAAUGUGUAGGGAUUAGGAUUAGGAGAAGGCAGUGUUUUCUAUGUUGCUUCAUCCUAAGGAACUGAUGUGUUCACGUACAGCUCACGAUUUUACAUUAGUGAAAUAUUUAAAUUGCAAAACAAAUAGCAAAUCAACCGGUUUUUACCUGUACAGAAUUGGGAAUUGACAAAUGGACUUAUAAACGAAGCAAUCCGGUUGUGUAUAUAGAUAUGCCUUUAUAAAAUAAUACUGAAAAAAAAAUCAUCGUAAAAUAUUUAAAAGUGAAGUUUGGUAUAAAUUAUCAAUUUUUUUUUAAAUUUUUAUUUUCUGUAUGGUUUGUAUUCGGCCGCAAUAGAAAAUGGUAGCCAAUAAUUUCAGCACUUUUAACGUAAUCAUUUAUUUGAACAUUUGUUUCUUCUUUACUCACUCGAAAUAUUAUCAUGUAAAUAAUAAAUUAGCGCACUGUGAACAUUAUUCGUGCACCAUGAAUUUUAUUUUGCCUGAUAAAAAUGUACAUUGGUAUUAUAGUAAACAUAUAGAUAACUGUGAAUAAGCUGAAUUUUGUAUUGUGUGAAACAGCAGAGAGGUACAACAUUAAUUACUGUGCUAGAUAACCAAUUGAUCAAUAACUUAGUUUAGUUAGUUGCCAAAAAAAAAUUAUAUCAGGUAAAUAAAUUAAAUAUGUAUAUAUCAUCGCA